UGAGCAAGAGGAAGAGGAGGAGCCCUUCAUCGCCGCAGCACGUGUGGAGCUGAGAGCAGGAGGAGCUGUGCUUGGACCUGCUGAGCAGGAUGGAUCAGAACUUAGACUCUUCACUUUCCAGAAUAUUUACUGGGUAUGAUGAUCCUGAGAAUUCUGAAGUGUAUGAAGAUGAACUUUAUCUCGAGGAGUCAUCCAGUGAGCGGAGUGUUGACAGUGAGGUGGAGUUUCAUCUCUAUAGCCAGAUCCACUAUUCCCAGGAUCUCGGAGAAGUCAGAACACUGGAAAUGAAUGAGGAAGCUGAUGCUGGAGAAGUCGUGGGUCAAAGUUCCGGGCUAGCUGGGAAACAGGACGAAGAUGAGAAUCUCACUGAGCUCACUGAUGGUGGCGCUCAGCUUUCAGAUGAGCCCGAGGUCAUUGUCCUGUCUGACACCCCAGAGGAAGACAGCAUCUACAAAAGCAAGGCAAAGAGGUCAAGGUGCUCCUCUUCAGCUCCAGGUAAAGCACACGCGUGCCCGGUAUCCUCCACGCCAAAUCACAACAAAGCUGCUGGAUGCAGUGCCCGGUGCCACCAUGAGCCUGGUGUGGGCACGCCAAGGAAGAGGAGCAGCCCUAGUGGGAGGCCUGCCCCAGUCCUUCCUGCCGGACCUGAGGGCCCCCAGGACGUGCUGGUGAUAGACAACAGCUCAGAGGAGGAGGAGGAGGAGGAGGAGAGCCUCAUCUCUGACGGCGAGGACGUCGAGAGCUGGAUGCUGCUGGGAGCUGGUGCCGAUGACACGGAUGGGGACAUCAUGCUGAACCUCGAGGGCUGUGCCACGCCUGCCAGGAAAGGAGAAAUUGAUGUGAACUGGUCUAUCUCUCAUAAAGACUUAGAGGCACAGAUCUCCAACUACGCGGGCGUGCGGCACAGCAGCAUGCGCUACUACAGAGCGGACAAAAACGUCACCUGUAGGAACUGCCACAGACCAGGACAUUUGUCCAAGAACUGUCCCACUCCAAAGAAAGUUCCCCCGUGCUGUCUGUGUGCAGGAAGAGACCAUCUGCAGCACAGCUGCCCAGCACGUUUCUGCCUCAACUGCUGCUUGCCCGGGCACUAUUUCAGGGAAUGCCUGGAGAGAGCCUACUGGAACAAGCACUGCAACCGCUGCGACAUGAAGGGCCACUAUGCUGAUGCUUGCCCAGAAAUAUGGAGGCAGUAUCACCUAACAACCAAGCCAGGACCCAUCCAGGCAGCCGGCUCGCCCUCGCCCUCGGAGCGCGCGGUCUCCAUCUACUGCUACAACUGCUCCCGCCAGGGACACCUGGGCUACGAGUGCUCAGAGAAGAGGAUGCAGGGGAACAUGUUCCCCACUUCUCCCUUCGUCUACUACUACGAUGAUGAGUGCGACAUCAGGAGGAGAGCCAACAGGUUGAAAAGAAAGGUGGCAGACCUGCAGGAAGCCGGCCUCCUGCCCGAGCAGCCCGAAACACCCCUGCAGGAGGAGCCGCUCGAGGUGCCCAGCCACAAGAAAAAGAGCAAACUCUGGAAAGAGCAGCAGGGCAGGCCCUGCAGGAGCAGCGAGCAGCACAAGAAGAUGAAGGUGAAGCGGGUGAAGAAGGCCCAGGAGGAGAGGCAGAGGAGGGCUGCUGGGAUCCACGGGGACCCGGAGGAUUUCCCUCGGGGGCACAAGCUGCAGGGCUGCAAGGGCAGCAGGGCCCACCGCAGGGCCCUGCCCCAGGCACCCCCAGGCUGCAAGGCCCUCAGCAUGCACCAGCCCCCAGAAGGUGCCAAAAGGAAGAAGAAAUGGAAAAAGCAGAAAAUUGCCAGUCCUGACAGCAGGGACAAUCUGUUCCUUAUAAAACAGAGGAAGAAGAAAUCCAAGCAGAAAUCCUGGUGAUGACGGGUAGCGCUGGCAUUCCCUGCUCUGGCUCUGCCUUCUCUUUACUCCUGUCCCUCUCCUAGCACAUGAACUGGAGUCUGUCCCUGUCCCGGCCUGCUGGGCGCCACCACCCUCACUGUCCAUCUCCACUGCCACGGGGGCCACUCCAUCUCUGUGAGCCCCCCGUGCCAGCAGCACCCACAGCUCCUGCCAGGGCCUCACCAAUGUGCUGUACAUUCAUUUUCCUUGCUUGGGGCUGUGGGGGCACCUGGCCCUGGCAGGGUUGGUUUGCUCAGCAGUCAGCCAUGGCUGUGCUGUUGGAGCACAGCGCCUCUGGGCACGCAGGCAGCAGGGUGGGCACAGAGCACAUCCCUGCC